UGACCGGGUUCUGCAUACCAACCCUCACCCGGACACGUGGCGCGCUGGCGCGCCUGCGAGUCCCGCGAGUCCCGCGACUCCGCGCGUCCGGAUGGCUUCCGAUGGAUAGCCCGGAGGCUUUGGAGCAGCCUUGCCUUGAAGCUGGAGCAUGCGAGGAUCAGCUCGAGGAUGAGGGCGCGGAGGGCCUCCUCUACGAUGCCGUGGAGGACUCUGCGAUUCCGCUGGACCCUGGCGGCCGAGGCGCCAGCCCCGAGGGCACGCCCUGCGUCUUGUGCCAGCGGCCCCUGGAGCCGCUGGAGCAGAGGUUGAGGCAUUUGCUGGACCGGCCGCUCUGCAACACGUGCUGCUUUCGCGACAUGGACCCCUUCAAGCCGGUGGAGCUGGAGCACGUGCUCUUCAUGUCGGUCUUGCCGGGUCGGCACCUCACCUUCACGCUGGAGGUCCCAGACCUCCGAAUGUGGCGCAAGGAAGGCUUUGAGGUGGAGUUCCGAGGUUUGCGGAGGCGCUCGCAGAUGGAGCCGCAGGGACUUCAGCAGGUGUGGCCCAGCUUCUUGAGCAUCGAGGUGAACGGCCACGAGGUGUUCACCACCAAGGUGCCUUUGCGAGGGCACAAGCGCCGGGAUGUGCCGCAGGGCCUUUCAGCCAGCCUCCGGCGUGGCAUCAACACCCUGGAGGUCACCGCGGAGGACGAGCGGAGGCGCGACUUUCUGCUGGCGGUGGUCAGGACACUGCCGUUGAAGCCCUGCGAGCUGGCAACGGCAGUGGUAGAGGAGACCUAUCAGGACUGCCGGCAACGGGUGGAGGAGCUGUUGCGAGAAGUCUCGCGAGGCCCCAACGCUGCGGGCGAAGAGGUGGAGCGCGUGGGGGAGGAGCGGCUUAAGCUGCAGUGCCCGAUCGCGCUGACGCGGCCUGCAACUCGACCGGUCCGAGGCGUGAGCUGUCGCCACUUCCAGUGCGUGGACUUGGAAGCGUACCUCAUCUCCAACUUUCGGAUGAGAGCCUUCAACAGCCGCUGGCGGUGCCCACUUUGCAGCCUGGAAGUGAGGCCCCGAGAUCUGCGGAUUGACACCUUCGUGCAGAUGCUGCUCGCGGAGACCGAACCCGAAGUGGAGGAGGUGUUGCUGUUCCCAGAUGGCAGCUGGCAGAAGGGGGAGGCGGUUGAGCGCGAGCCGUCGCGUUCCUCCUCCCCAGCCCGAGCCCGGGCAAAUCCGCUGGUUGAGGUUGCCGAUGCGAAGAAGGCUUUGCCAAAGCGCCGUGCCAAAGCGCAGGGACAAGGUGAAGACACCAAGGUGAGGCGGCGGCGCAAGCGGAAGAAUGAAGCCGCAGGCGAGGCGCCGAAGAAGGUCCGGCGCGGAUCGAAGGGCGUCCGAGCGUUCGCAGGCUGGACCUUGGGGAAUGGAGUUGCGCAGGCUGCUUGGCCAUCCAUCGAGGCCAAGGCGCCUUCCGCGCGCAAAGGCGCCGCGCCCGGGCCCGGCUUCGGCCCGGGGCUCGCCCGCGGCCGCCUGGGCGGUGUCCGGCGCCUGGCGCCGGCGGCGCGGCGGGCCAUGGCCAUCGCGGCGGGGAGGAAUGUAAGCGUGGGCCCGGGGCCCCGGGAGCCGGGCGUGGACUCCGACGCAUCCGCGGAGGUCGUGUCGGAUUCCGGAUCGGAGGCAGGGGGCCAAGCGAUUGCGCGCCUGAGCCAAAGCCCGCAGUGGCCGCUUUGA